UUAGGGACAUAUUGUGGUCGACGUAUCCACACAUGUAUUACGGUCUCCGGUUAAUACAAUUAUAGCAUGAACAAUAGACAAUUAUCAUGAACAAGGAAAUAUAAUAAUAACCAUUUUAUUAUUGCCUCUAGGGCAUAUUUCCAACAGUCUCCCACUUGCACUAGAGUCAAUAAUCUAGUUCACAUCACUAUGUGAUUGUAAUGAAUCCAACACCCAUGGGGUUCUUCUGCAAUUAGGGCUGCAAACGGGUCGAGUUCGAGCGAGUUGGACCUGGCUCAGCUCAACUGAUAUUAAAAUUCGAGCGAGUUCAAACUGAGUGAGUCUCAAGAUCGAGCCGUAGAACAUGACUCGUGCUUGACUUGUAACGAUCUCGAGUCGAUCUCGAGCUAGUUUCGAGCUAAAUAAGAUGGUAAAAUUUAUAAAUUUGUGGUGAUUAUUCCAACUAGAUAAGGACACAACACGACACAACUUUGUACGACAAUCUCGUCGUGCUCGGGAGAGCUCAUCUUGGUCUCUUGGGCAAACUAGCAAUAGAUGGUGGUCUUCAUGGACGAAAAACAAGAAAACGAAAAUGCGUAUGAUGAGAAAUUUUCCCGAAAAUAACAGGAUAUUUAACACAUACACGACCACGUAUCAUAAUUAGACCUAAAUCUUCUCUGCACUUAAUUAACCUUCCAUGUUUGCUGGUAAAUAAAAUGGAGAAAAAUCAUGCACAUCAUAUAUGGUAACAAAUUAUCUUAUUUUCAUUUAAUAUAUCACAUGAUCAUUUAACAUAAAUAUUAUGUCGAGCUAUCGAGCUAAAUCGAGCGAGCCAAUAUUGGCUCAAGAUCGACUCAUUCCUCGGUCGAGCUACAUAAAAUGUUCAAAGUCAGCUCGUUUCUUUUCGAGUCGAUCUCGAGUCGAGCCAAAAAACGUGUCGAUCUCGAGCGGCUCGCGAGCCUCGAGCUUUUCUUGCAGCCCUAUCUGCAAUAAACUCAAAUCUGAAGAAUUGCAUGAUGAAGACAUUUUCAUCUGCUUCAUGUGUAUUGACUUGUCACUUUCUUGUGUCCAAAUUCAAGCCUUUCUCCCAGUCCCAAAUAUCUCCACAUUUUCAGAGAUUGUAGUUCUAUCAUGAACUAUGAUUUAUCUAGAUUGGUAUAUGAGAGUCUCCUUGGCAGUAUUAAGAAGUUUAAGGAUUCUACGAAGGUUGCUUCUAAGAGAUCAGUGACAUUUGGCGGUUGUCACUACACAUUCGCUAUCUUGUAUCUUGACCAUGUGCAUUUUGGGCUGAAUUCUCUACCUGAUAUCAAGCCUAGGAUACUUGUCUGGAGAGGUAAUACAGUUAAGCAUUUCUCGGAACUAGAUAAGAACAAUAGUCGCUCUUAUGGAAAGAGGCCUCUGAAGCGUUUAUCCCCGUCUGUCUAUGCACUGAAGUCUUGUGAGAGGAAUUAUUGUUCAGGAGCUCAUACCUAUGUUCCUUUUGCCAAGAAGAUAUCAACCUCAGAAGAUAUUGCUGCAGUUAGUUUUGAUGUGUCAUUUGCAUCUAAAGUUGAAUCAGCUUAUGCACCUCAGAGAGGAAUUUCGAAGUUUGAUUUUCGCUGUAAUACUGGUCAUGUCCUCUUCCAGAUUUUUUGACUGUAGUACCUGAUGGUUUAUAGUGUAGUUAUUUCUUGAUUUGGCUCUGUUAUACCCAGUGGAAUUCCACUGCAUGCUAAUUGGUUUUACAUAGUAGUUUACACUGUAAUUUUAGUACUUUCUUACUGGAUUUUACUGUAUUUGUAAUCAGGGUUUUCAGUGUUU